AUGGAUAUGCUUCCUUCAGACGCUAAGUUGCCAAAGGAUCAUUAUGAGGCUAAGGAGAUAGUUCAAGAUUUGGGUUUGGGUUAUGAGAAGAUCCAUGCUUGUCCCAAUGAUUGUAUGCUGUUUUGGAAGCAAAAUGUUAACCUCGAUGCGUGUCCUUGUUGUAAUGCUUCAAGGUGGAAAACAAAUGAGGCAUCUGUUGCUAGUAAGCAUGCUUCAUCCAAUAAGGGGAAGAAGAAAGUUGCGAAGAUCCUACGGUGGUUCCCCUUAAAGCCAAGAUUGCAGAGAUUAUUUCUUUCACCCGAUCUGGCUAGUUCUAUGAAAUGGCAUGUUAAUGGUCGUACUGAUGAUGGGGUAAUGCGGCAUCUUGCUGACUCAGAUGCAUGGAAAAUGUUUGACAUUAUUCCUAGUCCUACCUCACCAGGGAUUGCUAUAGAUGUGUACUUGGAACCGUUAGUAGAAGAACUAAGGGAGUUAUGGGAUGUUGGAGUACAAGCAUACAAUGCAUCUUCAAAAGAAGUAUUCCAAUUGCGUGCAGCAUUGAUGUGGACCAUAAAUGAUUUUCCUGCAUACGCAGAUUUGUCGGGUUGGAGUACCAAAGGUGAGUUGGCGUGUCCUUCUUGUGCCGUGAAGACCGAGUCUCGAUACUUGAGAAAUGGUCGCAAAUUCUGUUACAUGGGACAUCGGCGGCGGUUGGAUAUUGACCACGAUUUCUACAAAGAUGGUAUGUCAUUUGAUGGAUCUAAUGAUACUCGAUUGGCUCCUAAACCACUAGUCACAUUUGACAUUAUUGUGGAAACUGAACAUUUACUUGGACGUUGUCUGGGUAGGAAAUGUCAACUUACUUACAAAAAAAGGAAGAGAAGGGAGGCAGACCAGAGUGGUUGGAAGAAAAGGAGUAUAUUUUUUACCUUGCCUUAUUGGGAGGAUCACAAGUUGCGACACAAUGUUGAUGUGAUGCAUAUAGAGAAGAAUGUGAUGGACAAUAUACUAAGCACACUGUUGAACUUGAAGGAUAAAACGAAGGAUAAUUACAAGGCAUGCCUUGACUUGGCGGACAUGGGGAUAAGGAGUGAACUCCACCUACAACGAAAAAGUGAUGAUCAGUAUACCAUACCGGCCGCAUGUUUUCAUAUGACUUCAUUGGAGAUAGAUGGUUUCUUGCAAGUUUUGAAAGACGUAACAGUGCCCAAUGGGUACGCUUCCAAUAUCUCACGCUGUGUGAAUAUGAAAGAAUGCAAGAUUUCUGGUUUGAAGAGUCAUGAUAAUCACAUAUUGUUGCAGCAACUUUUUCCCAUAGCAUUACGUGGGUCAUUGCCAUCUGAUGUUACUAGGCCUUUGAUAAAGUUAGCUCGCUUCUUUAGAGAAAUCUGUUCCAAAACCCUUACGAUUUCAGAUAUUGUGACUAGUGAGGCAGAUAUUGCAGUGACAUUGUGUGAACUGCAAAAGAUAUUUCCUCCAUCCUUCUUUACACUGAUGGUACAUUUGGUCAUGCACUUAGCUACUGAAGCGAAGAUUGGUGGUCCAGUACACUACUGUUGGAUGUAUCCCAUUGAGAGGUACCUCUCACGUCUUAAGUCUUACGUACGAAAUAGAGCUACUCCGGAAGGGUCUAUUGCUGAAGGAUACAUAGUAGAGGAGUGCUUAACAUUUUGUUCACGGAUGCACAAAAGAUUGAUAGAGGAUGAACUUCGAAAAGGCCACAAUCGUAACGUUUUCGAUGCCAUUAUAUAUAAGCACCACAUGGAAAAGUUUUGUACUUGGUUUAGGGGUCACGUGAUGUCCCUCACUGGUGUUGAUAAGGAAAAGGAGGGAGUUAGUGAUACCCUUGUUGCAUUGUCCAAAUGGCCGUAUAUUUAUGUAAAGCGGUUCAAGUAUUAUGUAAUAAAUGGCUUAAAAUUUAGGAGUGUAAAUGAUGAGUGUAAAUGGGUUCAUGACCAACAUAGAAGAGGAUAUAGGACUGAUGAAUUUGGGUUUCCUAUGGUAAACUUUACACACUUCAUACAUGGUGGGGAUAAAAUGAUGGAUGAACCGUACGUCUUGGCAUCUCAAGUUACACAAGUUUUUUAUGUGGAAGAUAAAAGGCACAAGGAUUGGUAUGCUGUUGUCAAAACUAAAGCUAGUGAUGUGUUUGAUGCUGGUGUUGGUCCCCAACAUAAGGAGGAUGACACAUAUAGUUUUUCUGAAAAUGUUCCCUACAAUAUAAAUACUAAUGAGGUUGUGAGUGACAACCUUCGUUGGGCUCGGGAUGAUCAAGAGAGAAUGACAAUUGAUGCCUCCAUCAUUGCUGAAAGAAACCUUCAUGGAUUGUUGGACACAGGAAUGGGUAAGAAACGCCGAUUGCCACUUGUAGAGGUCGGCGAAGGACCCUCAAGUUCACGACAGAGGGGGGAGGAACUACAAGCCGCCCAUACUAGUGAUGCUGGGUCACAACCCCGAGGAAUGGAAAGGGACCAUCCAUUGACAGUUGUGCAAGUUGGCCAAGGUUCAUCACGCUCACGAGACAUCAUGCAAGAGGAGUUAAGGGCCGCCUAUGAUGCUGAGCACGCAAGAUGGGAGGAAGGAGAUGAUGAUGAUGAUGAGACACAGCCGCCUUUUGCAGUUUUGACUUGA